UGCCAUGCGGCGCGGUAGUUCCGGGUUGUAUCAUUUCCGGUAAGGAAGUUGUCUGUUCAAAACAGAUGAUAGCUCGCCUUUAAAAACAUUUUUGCAAUUAUUAAUGAGUGUUUACGUUUUGUAAAUCGUCGGCGUGUCGUUGUUACAAGUCACCAUCCCGUGUAUCCAUGGAGACGCCAGAGCCUGGUCCAGCAGAUGGAGAGGAGCGUCUGGUGGAGCUCCGACCUCGGACCCGAUCCAACCCCGAAGGCGCCGAGGACCGUCGGAGCAGCACGGGCAGCCUCGGGGGCAACAGUAACUCCAGCAUAUCCCAGCCUGCUGUGGGAAGUCGCGUGGAGGGCGAGGGCGAGGCCUCGACCAGCGACAGUCCUCCGAGCUCCACCACCACGACAGUCUCGGCAGCAGCAGCAGCUCAGGUCGUGGCCCCUGUUGCUCCUACGGUUGUGGCGGCCGCAGCCGGGGCCACGGUUCCACUGUCCACUGCUGCUGUGACGGCUAAAGAGAGGCCGAAGCCCACGCAGCAGCAACCCACACUCACAGCCUCCGUCCCUCCACCAGCAGAGUACCAGCUCAAAGUUCCUCGCGUCAACUGCCCAGAGAAAGUGAUUAUCUGCUUAGAUCUUUCUGAAGAGAUGUCUUUGCCAAAGUUGGAGUCUUUUAAUGGAUCUAAAACGAAUGCUCUGAACAUAUCCCAGAAGAUGAUUGAGAUGUUUGUCAGAACAAAACACAAGAUUGACAAACGGCACGAGUUUGCUCUGGUUGUCGUCAACGACGACGCCCUGUGGCUGUCAGGCUUCACCUCUGAUCCCAGAGAGCUGUGCAGCUGCUUGUACGACCUGGAGACCAACGUGUGCGAGUCUUUCAACCUGGAAGAUCUCCUCAACGUCAUUCGUCAGAAGAUCGAGCUGCCGUUGAUGGAGAACGUUCAGACCAUCCCUCCUCCGUAUGUGGUUCGGACCGUGCUCAUUUACAGCCGACAUGCAGGGCAGCUACAGUUCAACCCCUCUGAAGCUGUUAGCAAAAUGUUGCAGUCUCCGUAUUUUUUCUUUGACGUGGUCUAUUUGCACAACGGAGUGGACGAGCAAGGAGAUGAGACCAGCUGGAGGGACAACUACACGUCGUUCUGUAACCUGGACUCGAAGGGCAUGUGCUAUCGCUUUGAGGUUUCCCUGAGCGGACCCGCCAUCGAGCUGCACAACUGCAUGGCCAAACUUCUGGCUCAUCCUUUGCAAAGACCUUUCCAGAGUCACGCAUCGUACAGCUUAUUGGAGGGCGACGACCCCCAGGACAUUGAAGCGACUGUCUAGAGCUGGGACAAACUUAAAAGGCCCUGCUUCUCUCACACAAACACACACACACACUCACUAGUUUAUCAGGAAAUGGAGCCUUUUCACAUUAUCAUUGUUUGUUUUUUUUAUUAUUUUUCAUUAACUACUGUAGAGUAAUGAUUCAGUGGAAUAUUUAGCCAGUUUAGUAAAAGAAGAAAAAAAAAUGGUUACAGUAAAUAAUUUAAUACCCUUUGUGUCCAAAGAAGAAUGAAUGACUCGUGAAUUGUUCAGGGCUGGGGAAGUAAUAAAAUGAUCCAGUGGAUCAUUUAGCAGUAAAAUUGUUGGACGUCUCUCAGAAAGGGUGACAUAAUCGUCUCGAGAGUCCAGGAGCAGGACACUAAUAGAACAACUGGAUAAGGAAAGAAUAAAAAAAAAAAAAAAAAAAAGAAGCACCAAACUUUACUGAACUUAUCGUACAUCUCCUUUUCUUCUUAGUUGGAAACUUCCACCUUGGAUGCCUGUGUUGUUAUUUUUAAUGUGUUUUUUUUUAUUAUUAUUUUAUAAUCGAUUUUAAUCCAUGUGUCGUGAGGUUUCACAGAGGAUUGAUGAAUGUAGAACUGGACGGUAGAUCUGAGCUGGUUUAUGGUUUUCUUUUCCUUGACUGUGAGGCCAUUUGAUUGUAGAAGAGGCUCCUCGUACUCAUCAUCAGUAUCAGUGUAGCUGCACUUGAAACACAUUGUACAGAUUAGCUUUUUGGGUAUUAAAAAAAAAAAUAAGAGGCAUGUUUUUAUUAUUAUUUUUUUUAUUGGUGCCUUUUGCGUUUUUGUCAGGAGAUGGCAGCAAACUCCUUCUUAGGAGGCAUCGUCUAGGAGCUGAUGUCUAAAUGGACCAGACCAAGUCCGAAUAUUGUUGGACAGAUGUGUGGUCUGAACGAAGCUUGAGAGAGUUUCCUAAUUAUAAGUACUGCACCUAAUAUUCUAGGUGACUUAAUUGAUGCUUAAGGGUAAUUUGCUAAUCUUUUCUGCGUAAUUUAUCAACGUCAGUGUCUAUAAUCGCCCUGUGACAGCAUGAUUAAGCAGACGUUGUAAAUAACGUCCCUUAUCUAUCUUUGGCAGAAAUAUUGCCGAAGCGGUCGAGAUAUACAUUUUCCUGCCGCCCUGAAGAUGUGUCGUGUGUUAUCUUGAGAGGGUUUUCUACCGCCGCCUUUAAACCGUUCGGUUUCCUGUUUUUGUGCAGAAGUUAUCUAACGCCUCUGUCCGGACUCCUCACAUUCUGUCACUCUUAGCGUUCAUAAAUUAGUCGUGUUUUCAGUGAAGAGGGGUUGUCAGGGGAGACAAUGGGGAGCAGGAAAACCUCAGGCACAGAGGACCUUUCCCCUUUCACACCCUUCCCCAGCAGACCUGACUGUUCCUCACGUCAUCGACGCAGAUAGCAGCGGAGGUGGGUGGAGGUGGGUGGGGGUGGAGGGGGGGUCCAGAGCGUCUGUACCACAGGGAGAAUUUGUUAUUCCCUCAUCCCUGAAGAAUGACAGGUCCCUAUUGUUUUCCAUCUUUCACUCCUCCACUGCCAUGACUCUUUUCCGUGCUCACUUUGAACAGGAUAUGCUGGAAUUUUUUUUUUGUUUGUUUGGCAUUUUCUGCUUUUACUCCCUACAUGGUUUGCAUUGUGCACCCACCUCCAGAGAAAUAUGAGUCUUGUGACGGUCUGUAGUGGCUCCACACAAACGAGGCGCUGAUGGAUUGAACGCUUCCUUCAUUUUUUAGUGUCUCACGUAGGCAUCGGUGGAAAAUAACUAAGACCUUCAGUAUUUUUACUCACGAGUCUGUUCACUACAUACACUUAAAAGGUCAACGAUUUAUAUUAGGAAUAUGGUAACUUAAAUAGAUUAUGCAUUAUUAAAGGAUUUGUGCAAAA